CCCGCCAAGCAAACUCCACAACCGAAGCCACCGAACUCGAAGUCUAUUGCAAUCCGCACACGAUCUGUUUGUCAAAAUUCCGUCGAGAAGAAACAAGAAUUAAUUACCCAAGAAAGUUCUAAAUGUCUCUCCUCUCUCCAAAAUCUCCCUUCUCCUCCUUCCAAAGGCCUUCAAAUCUUUUCUACAGGCCCCCGAGCAUCGCAUUUCCGCGCCCAUCUCAAACUUCCUCGGGGGGUUUUGUAAGGAUUGAAGCGAGAGGGAUUGCUCGAAAGGAGAGUGCAAAGGUCCGGAACCGUAGAUUACAGAAGAAGUUCAAUGGCUCACCUACAAAGCCAAGGCUCUCUGUUUUCUGUUCUGGCAAACAAUUGUAUGCAAUGUUGGUCGAUGAUCAAAAUAAGAAGACCCUGUUUUAUGCGAGCACUUCGCAGAAAUCCAUCCGAGGCGAGCCAACUUGUACCACUGUAGAAGCUGCUCAAAGGGUGGGAGAAGAACUCGUUAACGCAUGCAAGGAGCUGAAUAUCUCUGAGAUAUCAUCGUUCGAUCGCAAUGGUUUCGCUCGAGGAGAGAGGAUGUCAGCAUUUGAGAUUCCAAUCGCACAACAUGGUUUUCUGCUGCGAUAGAUGGGGGUUCUUAGUCUUGCUAUCUUGUCUAUUAACUCUAAAAUGCUAGAUAGAUUGGUCCUACGAACUUAAUCAUGUGUUCAAUAGGAAAAAAUAAUGUAGUUUUUAAACAAAUUUAUGAGUGAUUUGAAACUUUGGAGCUGAUCU